AUGUCCGUCCAGGAACCACAUUGCCUCCAAACAUGCCGACUGCGAGACGAUUGCGCAGCCGUCCAAUACAAGGAGGACACUUGCAGGUUUAUGGUCAGUGAUGGUAAAGAAACAUUUUUGGACGGUCAGGUGCUGGUGCGGCUGAACAAUUGCUCAGAGCAAGAUGCUAGCCUUAACUUGACCGUGCCUGGAGCACAGUAUCUUCAAGGAGAAUUCGGAGUGAUGAACUUCUACCAGAAUGAUGCCUCGUAUUCUCGUGCCGGAUCGCUUCCUGAGAGACAGUUGGUGUUGGGUCGGAGACCGAAUGUGCAACGAAUCCCUGAAUCUUGUGCAAAGUCAUUCUGGUUCCUCCUCCUCCACAUUAACUCCUCCGACUUCGAAGAUUCAACGUUAAUCAAUGCGCCAGAGUUCUUUGGGGAUACCAUCGCUUGUAUUGACUCCGACGUGGUCAGCAAGGCCUUCAAGCAUGGCCAAGAUGCCUUCGACUUGCGCUUGCUGCCAAGAGAGGUUGAAUCAACUCCCCUCUAUGAUCAGCCUCCUGCACUGCAACACGGCACACUGGCUUUGGGGGUGCCACCCUGCGAGAAGCCAAGCCAGGACUUGCUCUUGGGGACCUUGAGCGAACCUGGCAUUUAUUCAUUGCACCCAUGCGAAUGCUUCGGGGCAGCUUAUGCAAGCGUCGAGCCUGUGCACGAAGACUUUGAUGCAGCGGUGCCACGCAAUCCGCAGGGCUACUUCAACAACGGCUCUGCCUCGGUCGGGCAUUUCAGCCACCUGGAAAUGGACGAAUGUCAAAGGGCCUGUGUUUCCAAAUCUGAGUGUCAGUUCUACUUGUUUGGAAAGACUGCCCAGACCUGCACCUUGUUCCAGAGCUGCAGCUACAUCCAAGAUGUUGGCCUGCAGAUCACGAACGAGGUCUAUGGAAUGUCUCCUGAGUUUGGUUCUUAUUGCCGCAUCGCAAACCCAGAACAAUGUUGGCAAGAGAUCAAGCGCCGAAGCAUGCUGAGUUUCACUCCAUCGAAUUUGCCCAGCUGCCUUUUCCAAGAGCAAUAUGAGGCUUGCGAUGCGCUUCAGCUUCUUCUUGGAAAGCAAGAUGGUCCUUGCAGCCGCUGCCAGUACAUUGAUGCCUCAAGUGCAUUUGCUGCGGUUGGUCUCAAGAAGGUUCCACCCCCAGAAGAUUUUCCAUCGGCCUCACAGAUUAUGGUCUCUUGCAAUGACACUUCCAGAAUGUUUAGCAGGCUGCAGAAUGGUCUUCGCUGGGAAGGUCCAAUGCAAGGUGAUGCAACCUUUACGUGCGUGAGCGGUGAAUGGGUUGGUGAACUUGGCCCUUGGCAAUAUCUGACGAACUUGACGUGCCAAGCUUAG